AGCUGGUCAUUGGCGAGGCCAGGGUUCCCCUCUCCCUCUCACGUCCACUCAACUUAAACUGUCAAAAAUAUCUCUCAGAUUGACUUUGAUUCAGCGUCGCAUUGUGAUAAUUCUUGAUGUCUUCGCCAAAGACCAAAUCGCCGACUGGGCCGUCAUCUCCGGCGUCUGGGCCCAAGUCAACCCCUUCUCCGCACAAUGAGCUCAUCCCCGCCGCUGACAACGAUGAUGAUGUUCAAGACGACGCCGACUCAACGCUUGAAACAGACGCGUAAGAUUUACUCUUGCCGUCAUUAUCAAUCCAUAUUGAAAAUAUUUUACAGUGAGAGCUCGACUGCCUCUGUUUCUUCGAGUAUCCUUCACUACAGAAGUAUUCAGGGUCGCACGUUCCAUAGCGACAAGUUCGUGACUGAAUAUUCCUUUCCGAAUGAUGAACAACAACUCGAGUCUGUUGACAUUAGCCAUCAUUAUCUAACGGUCCUGCUCGACGGUCAGUUAUAUAUGGCUCCCAUCGGAGACAACAUCCAAAAAGCGCUUGACAUUGGUACGGGAAGUGGAAUCUGGGCAAUAGACUUCGCAGAUCAGUUCCCCCAAGCCGAAGUAACAGCAACUGAUCUCUCACCAACACAGCCAAAAUGGGUCCCCCCAAAUGUGCGCUUCGAGAUCGACGACGCCACCGAGACCUGGACCUGGAAAGACAACGCCUUUGAUUUCGUGCACAUGCGUUAUCUCUUCGGGGCUAUUCAGGACUGGACUGCUUUGUACCAACAAGCCUACCGUGUUUGUGCGCCGGGGGGUUGGGUUGAGUCUGUUGAAGCCGAUAUUCAUUUUCGUAGUGAUGAUGGCACAGCUGAAGAACAAGAGGUGUAUAAGGUGUGCAACAAGCUGUAUGAAGAUGGUGGUAAGGCGAUAGGUAGACCGUUCUUUGUGCAUGAGUUGCAACCAAAGGGGAUGGAAGAAGCGGGGUUCGUGGACAUCAAGACGGUGGACUACAAGGUGAGUUUUGGUUUGAGCAGAGAGCUCUUACAAGGCUGAUUCCGUGCGCGAUUGCAGAUCCCGAUUGGGGAUUGGCCCAAGGACCCAAGGCUAGCUGAGGUCGGCCGAUUUGUCAAGCUGACAUUGGAGAAUGACAUUGAAGGAUAUACUCUGCUGUUGUGGAAUAAUGUGCUGCAGUGGCCCAAGGACGAGUACCAGGUGUUCCUGAUGCAGAUCAGAAAGGCUCUGCGCAACCGCAAGAUUCAUGGUUAUUUUGUGGUACGCUAUGUGUACGGCCGUAAGCCAGAAUCGCAUGCGGCGUAGCCUAGUGGCUAUGUAUCAUCCCCUCAGUAGUAUUUAAUUCAAACGCUCAAUUUCGGAAUUUAUUUCUCUGAAAUCAUUAAAGCCGUACUUUCAAACACUGAACAUCAAAGCUGGUUAGGAAACGAUCAAAAAAUUAAUUCAAGGCAAAGCUCUCAAAUUAGAUCACUUUGUGAAUGAAGCUAUUAUAUGCAAUCAAUAUCCUUUUAUGUUCUUGAGUCGCGAGAAUUACUUAAACUCUCA